GGCAUUCUAGCUCGGACAAACCCGCCCCUUUGCCGGCCGAAACGACUCACAUUGUUUCCUCCUGUUGCUGUCCCGAGAGUGAAGAUUGUCGCUUUUGACGGCCAAGCAUUAGGACUCCUCGUGGCCAGUUUCGCCGUAAUGGGACUCAUUUUGCCGCGACCGAACGGGACAGGAUGGCCGGUCGCGAUGACGGCGAAGGAGGACAGGAUUGCAUGCAACGUUUUGAAAGAGGAGGGUCCGAAUGCGAGUUGGGAAAAGCUCAUCGGUGCAUGUCGUGCUGCCUCGUCUCGCCUUCACCGUCCCUGGGAAAGAGAUAUCUGCACCAUCUGGACUUCGGAAGCCGGCGCGGAUGAAUGCGAAUUGUACGUCAACACUUGGCUACCACGAGGCCAUGGGAACGCGGAUUGCCAUCGCCUGACGUGCAGUCUCGAAAGCCUACAUUUGUGUCAGAAAGCGGUAUUUAUUGCCGAUAGGAUGAUGCGUAUUCGCUCAGCCCGUUUUGAACUGAAAAGAUGA